GUGGAACGAGAUUGAAGACGCCACACCUCUGGUGAGUAGAAGAGAAAGAAGGCACAGGUCAGUCAUCCUCAGCCAUGCCUUCUGCUGUGACAACUUUCCUCCUGAUGGGGGCGCUGACGGUCACCUGGGGUCAAUCUUGUUGGACUUUUAAAGAGGUAUCUGCCCUUUGUGCCGACAUCGAUCUGCAGCCAUGUGAUGCUGGGGAGUACCGCCUGAACGAUGACAGCUGCAUCACAAUUUUACCUACCCGAAUGAAUUUCCAGGAGGCACAGGAAGGGUGUCAAUUAGUCGGCGGUGCUGUUGUCAAAGUGCAAAAUGAGGAAGAGCACAAAAGGCUGCUGUGUAUGAUGUUUGAUACGGUUCCGGUGCAACUUCACUACUGGAUCGGUGCCAAAAGAGGACCAGAUGGUUUUAAUUGGGUUCGUGGAGGUGAACCACUGGAAUUUGCUCCGUGGCGUGAAGGUCAGCCCGAUAACUUCAACGACAACGAGGACUGUGUGUGGACGAACGCUCGCUGUUGGGGUCCAUGGAACGACAUGCCGUGCUCGGAGUUGAGCUCUGUGCCGUGUCAGAUCCCAAAGUGAUCGUACUUGAGAGCAUAAACACGUUUUCACUUUCAUUUCAAUAAACUUCACGCAUCAGAC